ACGUGCUAAACCGAAAGACAUGCAUGGAGGUGGAGGAGGGGAAAUGUGUAUAUAAGUGCAUCAGAUUAGGAAGGCCCCAUUUUGGGAUUGGGUCACCUUUUUCCCAAUUUUGAUUCCACCCACCACCAACUGCCCCCGCUGCAUUAAUUUAGGGGUUGCACGGAUGUGGGUCUUGUGGAUUUUACUCAACUGUGGGAGAUUCUUCAACCCUCAAUCAAGUGCUGCCAAGAGACAAACAUCUGAAACCAGUGUUACUAGUAUGUAUCCGACUUAUUAAGCUCCUUCAAUUUUCGUGCUCGGGGUUGUAAUAAAGAUGGAGUUGGAGAUGGAGUUGGGGUUGAAGCGAGUCACCAGGUGUGCUGGUGCCUGGUUCAUAUGCUCCAUCUCCCUCCUCUCGAUUUGGACACUCUCUCUGUCUCAUCCCACUCCUACUCCUCCUCCUCCUCCACCAUGCGUUGGGUUGCAUGGUAUUCUCAGUCCUCCACUGCCUGGUACACCUCAUCCUAAUUAUCUUCAGGAACAGGUGUCUGAGAUCAUGGUGGUGGGAGGAAGAAGGGAAUUGAGGACAAGCGGUCCCGGAUCUUCACCACCACGAUGCAACUCAAAAUGCGGCAAAUGCACGCCUUGCAAACCUGUUCACGUGCCAGUGCAACCAGGGAGGCCGGUCCUGACUGAGUACUACCCUGAAGCUUGGAGGUGUAAAUGCGGCAACAAGUUGUUCAUGCCUUGAUCACAUUGCAUUUUCCAUCUCCCCCAUUUUCUUUUGGCCGGAGUUAUUUAUGCCUGCUACCCUCAGAUUCGGUCGUAUGUAUUGCCGUGCUUCAGAUGUAUAUGUGUGUGUGUGCGUGCGUGUAUAUAUGGGUCGAAGUGCUUCAGAUGCGUAUUGUGAAGCAUAAAUCAUCAGUAGAUAUAGUUAGGCGGAGUCGUUGAUGAAUAUAAGUUUUUAGAUUUCAGAACAAUGUGCAGACGUCUUUCAAAUGGUUUUCUCUCACGUGAACAAGCUGGAACAUCAUCUUUGCAAUUCGA